AUGAAAUGCCUUGUUAUAGUUGAUGCACAAAAUGACUUUUUACCGAACGGAUCAUUUAACUCGAAAGCUGAGUAUUUAGAUGUUAUAGAUAAGAUUAAUAGUGUAAGAUUAAAUUUGUAUAAAUGUACAGAAGAAAGUUUAUUAAAAUUAAAAGAUUGUAAAGAUAUUAUAGAAGAGAAAGAAGAAAAAAAAUAUGAAUAUAUGUAUGAAGAUAAGGAUAUUGUUGAAUAUUCAAAAUGUCAUAAUAUCAUAGAUGAUGAAAAUAAUAAUGAGGAUAUAUAUUUAUUUCCCAUGAAUGAAAAUAUACAUAAUAAUAUAAAUGGUUAUCCGCAUGAUUGUAUGAAUAAUAUAUAUGAUAGUAGUAAUAUUAAUUGUUAUAAUAAUAAUAAUAAUAAUAAUGAAAUAAAUAAUAAUUGUAAUAAUAAUCAUGAUAACAAUGUUGUUAAUUUAACAAAUCAUACAGAACAUGCAGAUCAUAUAAUAGAUUAUAACAAUAUAAAAACUAAUAGUGAUGACUUAAAUUUUGGUAUGUGCAUUUUAACCGUUGAUUAUCAUCCUGCAAUGCAUAUUUCUUUUGCCGAAACUCAUAGAUUGUUAUAUGAAAAAAUAUGUAACAAUAAUUUAAAAUAUAAUAAUAUAAAUAAUAAAUCGAAUAUGAAUUGUUAUGAUAUGAAUAAUUCAGAAAAUUUAUGUAUUAAUAAUAAUGAAAAUGAGGAAAUGAAAAAAAUCGAUGUAAAUAACAAUUUAAUAAUCGAAGAAACCGAAAUAGAAUCAUAUUUGAAAAAUAAUAACAUCCAUACAUUAAGUGAUGUUCUUAAUAAUAUUGAUAAAAUUAAAUCAUCACAGAUAAUAUAUAAAAAUAUUAAAAGUAAAAAUGAUAUUAUGGAAUAUCAUAAAAUAAAUUUUUUAAAUGAAAAUAUAGAUGUAUGGCCUGUACAUUGUGUUAAAAAUACAUAUGGAUGUAAAGUACAUAACAAACUCAUAAGACAUAUAAAUGAUAUUAUUAUUAAAAAAGCUCAAAAUGAAAAUAAAGAUAGCCAUACCAUAUUUGAAAAUGAACAAGUAAAUGGUAAUAUACAGAAAUUAUUAAAACAAAAAAAUAUCACAUCUGUAUAUGUCUGUGGUUUUAUUUUUGAAUAUUGUGUUAAAGAAACAGCACUCAGCUUUUUAAAUAUGGGAUAUGAAACGUAUAUUGUUGAAGACGCAACAGCUUAUUUAUUUGACCGACAGGAAGAUAAAUUAUUUUUACAAAAUAAAGGAAUCAAAUUUAUUAACUCAUCAAAACUUUUGUCAUAA